GUUAGAAAUGCACACUGCUGCUUAUCGAUAUGUGAUAAAAUAGUCAUGGUCUGACGGGUAGUAGUGAUCUGGUGUCGCGACAGGCGAUGGCGGCACAUCCAGUCGGAAAUUCUGAGCUCGCGAAGCUCUGCGAUUUCUCAUCAGCUCAUGUUGAAAUAAUUAGUCCGUCUCCAAGUGGCGCCUGAGUGGUGGCGAUCCGAGUUUCUGGGUGGGAGGGCCGCGGAACAUCACAGCAAACAAUUAAGCUGAUGAGAUAAUGAGCAGGAGUCACCCAACAGGAGCGGGCCUUCCUCAUGAAUACGUCGCGACACUCGCUAACAAAACACGGUAUAAAUACUGGGAGAAACCUCCCACCUCAAUCAUUUCUCCCACACUCCAGUGACGAACACGCGACAACCAUGACUGCCUGCAAGCUCCCCUUCGCUCUCUCCGUGGAAAACUUGAUCGGCGCUCGAACUGACCUUGUCCCUGACAUCAGAGCUUCCAGCCCCGAAUGUCUUCCACCGAAGAAGCGUCACCUCCUGUUCACCGCCUCGCCGGGCCCGGACGCAAACACUCGGACCGCCGCUCAAGUCGUGCCGCCCGCCGCUAACGCUCUGCGGAGUGACGGAGAAACGUCUGACGAGGAGGAGGAGAUCGACGUCGUUUCCAUUGGGGACGCAGCCUCACCUGCUUCCAGCACGAGUUCAGACCGCUCCAGCCCAGCACCUUCCUGCGACGACAGCCCGUCUCCCUCCCCGGCAGGCCGCAAGGCACGCACGGCCUUCACCACCGAGCAGGUCAUGGCCCUGGAGGAGCGUUUCCGCCUGCAGAAGUACCUGUCCGCCGCCGACCGGGAAACUCUGGCCAAGGCCACGGGACUGACCGACGAGCAGGUCAAGACGUGGUUCCAGAACCGCCGUAUGAAGCUGAAGCGCCAGCAGCAAGACUUCGCCACCUUCCCGCUGCACGCCUCCGUCACCGUGCCCGGGAUGCCCGGCUACUCCCCACAGCCCAACCCCUGGUACGACUCGGCGCACUUCGUCCCGUCCCUCGGCACCGCCGUCUGUGGUCUGCGGCCUCACAUGCUGCCUCAGCCCGCCAACACCGUGACCACCAGCCGUGGGAACAGAUACUCACCGUACCCGUCUGCCCGCGUGUCUCCGUCCGGCCGCAGCCACCCCCAGAUGACCAACAUGUACAUGUCUCCGUACCAGAACAACGUGGCAGGGCGCACUACAACAACGUACCCAGCAUGAACUUCUAAAAGAUGAGACCUGAACAAAUGUAUUCUUGGACACUGACAAUAUUUUCACUGUAUUGCUGUUCAAUACAUGGACUUGAAACGCUAGAUCUAGAUCAAAAGUUCGCUGCAGUUCUUUUGGUCGAAACCAUUCACUCAGGGACUAACUUGUGUAUAUAUGUAAGAGAAUUUUAUCGACGUAAAAGUUUUAUUCCAAAUAGAUUAUUUUGUUCCAUAUAGCCGUAUUUAAACCGUUGUAAAUAGCCCAAAAGAUUUUAUAUUUAGAGGAAAUGAUUAUUCUAUUUUUAUACCGUGUAUCUUUUGCACUUUGAGUUUGAAAGAUUACUAUUUAUCUGUUCAAUAUUCUUUGAAUAAAUGAAUCUAAUCUUGUA